AUGAAGUUGCUUGCUUUUGCUACCUUUGCUGUCAGCAUUGGCCUUGUCGCCGCUGUACCAGUAGAUGAAGCUGUUGCUGCAGACGGCGCACCCGAGUUUUUCCUCAUCCGCCACGCGGAAAAGAAUCACGAUGGAACAAUCUCUGCCAAGGGCAUGAAACGUGCUGAGUGUCUGAUUAAUGUGUUUGGCAAGAAUAGCAAGUACAACAUUCAGCACAUUAUGGUGCAAACGCCACAUUCAAACAGCAAUCUCAGUCAGCGCCCCUACAAUACCACCCUCCCUCUUGCCAACUCUCUAGGCAUCAAGAUGGAUACUCCUUGCAAUUAUAAUGAUCCCAAGUGUGCUGCAAACGUCGCUCUCAAGUAUAGAGGCGGCAACGUGCUUAUUGGUUGGGAGCAUGGGUACCUCUACGAAGUAUCUAAAGCCCUUGGUGGAAAAAACGUGAAAAAGUACCCUGGUGAUCACUACGACCUGAUUUACAACCAGCCGUCUCCAUACACAAGUGUUACUGUUACUUCGGAAGACUGCCCGGGCCUCGAUUCCUAA